AUGUCUGGUCUCGACGUUGAAGCUCUCCUUGAGUCUACGGCUGCCCCUGCUGAAGCACCCUCCAAGCCAGAUGAUCGUGACGACCGUUCCCGGGCGGAUGCCGAACGACGUGACCGUGACCGCUCUCGUGAUAGGCGCCGCCGCCAUGACCGCUCCCGUGACCGCCGCCGCGAUCGAGAUGGCGACGGCGAUGAGGACAUGAGGAGUCCACGUAGCGAACAUGGCAGUGCUAACGGAAGCCAUAGAAGCAGAAAGCGGAGCCGGAGCCGUGAAAGUGACCGGCGUCGCCCUCGUCGCGACCGUCAUGGUGAUGACUACCGUUCAAACGGGGAUUUCUAUCGUGGCGGAGGACGCACUCGCACCCGCUCUCGGUCUCCGUACGACGACCGGUUCUACCGGCCCUCGCAAAGGGAGCGUGAAGAUGAACGGCGAUCGCGCCGAGACCGCAAUGGUCGUCGCGGCACUCCGAGCCGUCGCAGCCCUAGCAAGUCCCCUGAACUCAAUGAGGAUGAGCGGGACCGACGAACUAUCUUUGUGCAACAGCUGGCUGCACGUCUCAGAACCAAAGAACUGAUGGCCUUCUUCGAAAAGGUCGGCCCUGUCAAGGAGGCCCAAAUCGUCAAAGAUCGUGUCAGCGGGCGAUCCAAAGGUGUCGGUUAUGUCGAAUUCAAAGGCGAAGAGUCGGUGCCUGCUGCGAUUCAGCUUACCGGCCAGAAGCUUCUAGGCAUUCCCAUUAUCGCCCAAUUGACGGAAGCAGAAAAGAACCGCCAGGCUAGGAACCCCGCUGCCAGCUCGGGUCCUCAACAUUCAGCACCGUUUCACAGACUUUAUGUGGGUAACGUUCAUUUCAGCAUCACUGAAAGUGACCUCCAGAAUGUCUUCGAACCAUUUGGCGAGCUCGAGUUCGUCCAGUUACAAAAAGAUGAUACUGGGAGGAGCAAAGGCUACGCGUUUGUACAGUUCCGAGACCCCAACCAAGCUCGUGACGCUCUAGAGAAGAUGAACGGUUUUGAUCUUGCUGGUCGCGCUAUUCGAGUUGGCCUUGGCAAUGAUAAGUUCACCCCCGAGUCGAGCACGAAUCGCCUGCCGGGCCCUUCUGCAAACCAACAGAAUUUCCAGGGCUCUUCAUUCUCCGGUCAAGGAGGGCGUGGAAUUCAAGCCGGGGGCUCGAACAGCUUCGACCGUGCUGGUGGCAGAGAAUCCGAAAAGGGCGCCGGUGCCAGUGCCCUCGAUGACACGGAUGUUGCCGGUGUGAACUUCAACAACUACAGUAGGGACGCAUUGAUGAGGAAGCUUGCACGAACAGAUGAACCCGAGCCAUCAGCCGAUGAACAGCAGAAGAUUCUUCGACCUAAAACUGAGCCCAAGCCGUUGCCCGUCAAUGUUAAUAUGGCGAGCCGGUGUGUUCUGCUUCGCAACAUGUUCGAUCCCGCCGAGGAAGAAGGCGAAGUCUGGAUCAAAGAGCUGGAGGAUGACGUUCGCGCCGAGUGCGAAGAGAAAUAUGGCCACGUUGUUCACAUUUCGCUAGAUCCGAACUCUCAAGGCGACAUCUACCUCAAGUUCGACCGUGUUCAGGGAGGUGAGAACGCCAUCAAGGGCUUGAAUGGUCGUUUCUUCGGCGGCAAGCAGAUCACCGCCCAGCCCGUCGUGGAUGCCGUCUACAGCAGUCUCUUCUCGCGCACCCGGGCGAUUUAA